AGGGCAACUGGGGCCUGGGCGGGUCGGCCAGGAGUGGAAGUCCUCCUCCCUUGGCGUCGCUGGCGUUGCCAAGGUAACCCUGACCCGCAGACGCUGACCAUGGCUUCUGGGCCGGGCGGGAGCUGGGGGAGCGCCCCACCGCGGAGUGCAGACCCUACGCCCUGGGUGACCAUCCUGCAGUCCCUUCCGUCGGCCGUCCCACCCCCGCCCCCGCAGCCGGGCCGCGUGAAGGAAGACUUGCUGGAGCUGAUGAUGCUGCAGAACGCGCAGAUGCACCAGCUGCUGCUGAGCCGCCUGGCGGCGGGGGCGGCGGGGGCGCUGAGCCCCAGGUCAGACUCGCCCAGCGCGCAGGUCUACCUAGAGGACCAACUGGAAGAACUGCAGGAGGAGAUGGACACUCAGGAGGAAGAGCCUUUGGUGUUCCACCACCACUACCUGCCCUGUUCACCACCACUACCUGCCCUGGGAUCCCUGCCACUCUGGCCAGCCCCUUUCCUCCCCCCGCCCCCACAUCAGCCCCUCUUGCAGGAUGCACCCAGGAUUCAACACUGGCCUCCUGCCUCCAGGAAAAGGGAGACGAGAGCUGUGCCACCGCCCCCACCCCCCAGUGCCACAGGGACUGUGGGUGCAGAUGUACCUCCUGCUUCAGACUACUAUGAUGCUGAGAGUAUGCUGUGAAGAUGGGUGCUCCUGGGGACCAUGCCUGCUUCAGUGCAAGACAGAGAACAGCCUGGAAGCUUCCAGCUGCCCCUGUGCUGUCUGCCAACUCUGCAUCCACGCUGACAUCCUUUCUCACCGUCUCAACCUCAGCCAGGCCCUCUCCUCCCUGGUGGAUCAGCCCCUCUCCACCCACUGUGGGUUUUUUUUUAAAAAAAAUAUUUAUUUUUUAGUUGUAGUUGGACACGACAUCUUUAUUUUAUUUAUUUAUUUUAUGUGGUGCUGAGGAUCAAACCCAGGACCUUGCACGUGCUAGGUGAGAGCUCUACUGCUGAGCCACAACCCAGCCCUCCACCCACUGUGGUUUUUAACUGGACUGUAAGCACUCCUUCUUGCCCCUUCUGGGCCUGAAACUUAACCGUUUCCUGCCUGGACUUGGGGCAAACCCAGAUGCAAGAGCCCCAGGCCCACCCUUGUCCCUCACUCCUCCUUCUGGAAUGACAAAGAUGGUGGGGCUGCCUUUUGGGCCUAAUAAUGGGUCCAGAGAGAAGUGGAAUGUUCUGUUCCCCAGAUCUUUGAAGGCCGCCUUGAGGGAGAGAAGGGCCCAAAGUGGUAGGGGAGAGGCUAGCGGGGAAGACCCUGGAGCUGAGCCAGUUCCCUUGGGCCCCAUCCUCACACAGUGGGAAAGAGAGUCAGAAUUAUGUCCUGCUCUCACCAGGAAUGAUCCUAGGGGACCUCGGGCCAGGUGACAGCAGUGUCUUUUGCCUCACAGGCCACAUUGUUUCUCCCCCUCCCCGAGUAGGAAUUCAUCACUAGGGGCCAGAUGAGGUUGGUGUCUGGGAACUGAGCCUGGGCCAGCAGAGCCCUGGAAGGCCCCUGUGAAAGAGGGGACAGGAAGAGACUGAGGGAACCUGCAGAGGCAGAAGUCCAUGCCUGUACCUUCCCCUUCUGGGCUGUUGACUGAUAUCCCAGGAGCAGACCUGGAGGACACGGGGUUACGGCCGGGCGUUUGUAUUCAGGCUCAAAAAGGAAAUGUCGCCAGAGUCCUAUGCUGCUGUCAUAGUCCUUCAGCCAGGGCUGGACCACGACCCUGAGGAGCCAUGCUGAGUUCCAGCAGCCACCAAGGCAGUGGCUUCGCAGCUCACAUGUGCUGCACCCGGAAGACUUGGGGUAGCCUCCGCCAGGCAGCUCGCACCCCAUAGGUGCCCAUCCGCCUCUGGCGCCAGUGCUGGCCGAAGACAAAGCAGAGCAGGACGGACAUCACAAACAAGAACAGCAGUACCGACACGACUGUGACAAUGAUGACCAUCUGGUUUUCCGGCGGGGGCUCUAGGGAAGGAGGGGGUGGUGGUCUUAGAAGUUCUCAGGUGCUACCCAACAGCUCCACCCACUCAUCCACCCAGCAGUCGCCCGGGUUGUCAAGAGGAAGGGCACGUGGUGUCUUCUUCCAGAGUGGCAUCUAGGAGAAAGGUGACCCAGGCCUCAGACCACCAGUGGGACCUCUGUGAGACUGUGAGGGCAGAUGUCCCCUUGCUAGCAGCUCCUAAGACCAGCUACGUGUAGCUGAGAACCAUGGCUUGGAGGGUGGCAUCGUGCAGACGAAGCCUCCCCAGGCAGGGCCCUGUGAGUUCUGGACAAACAGGCUCCCUGUUGACAGAGAAUGCUCUAGCCAUCGAGAGUCACGGAACAACUGUGCCCCAGGAACCUUCCAGGUCAGGCAGACCAGCCUUCCCACUGCAGAGAGCAGCCAAGGGCAGAGACGGCACAUUGCCUGGGUCAAGGUCACACAGCUCACGAACAGCCAAGCUACUAGUUGAGCUCCCCUGACUUCUGGAACAACCAGGGUUCUGGCUGGGGACUUGAGAGAAUCAGGGAAGACGGGGAGCAAAAGGAAGCCCUCAGGAUUACAUGUGCACCCCAAUCUGCCCGAGAAUGGGGCUAAAGGCUAAGAGGAAAUGCUGUCUCCCUUCCCCUCUGCCCUUGGGGUCUCCUUACCAUAGACUUGAAGGACCUUGUUUUCUGAGAUGUUGCGCAAGAUGCCCCCCCCACGAGACCGCAGGUCCAGCUCGGCCUGGCAGGAGAAGUUCAGGAGGCCAUCCUCUUUGCUUGCCGUGCUGUUGACUGUGACUCUGGCCUCCUGAGGGUCAGUUGCUCCCCCACUGAAGGUCUGGCUGUGCAGGGUCUCCUUGCCACGGAACAGGGUGAGGGUGAGGCUCUCGAGGGGCUUCACAGCGGGCACCCUACACUCAAUAGUGAAAGGUUUGCCCAGGGUCACCCAGACGGGCUGCAGCUGCAGUAUGAUCUGCUUUGGAACUUCUGUGGGGGUGAAGGAGGGAGGCCUGGUCAGGAUGGGGGUGUGUCUUCACAGGCCCUACCCAGCCAGGGCCAUCUCCUGUCACUGUGAUGUUCCAGGAAUUACAAAGGAGGAUGUGGGCUGGGGUCUGGUUUGUGAAGAGAGGAGGAAAGAAGAAUCAAGCUGAAGGAUGUGCCGGGUGAUAGAUUAGUGGAUGUGACUUGGAGAAUAGACAACAUGGAGGUGAGCUAGUGUCUACAAAGAAAAGGUCCAGAAAUUGUACAGCUAACUGGAAAGAUUAAAAAAAAGUCUGGGUCUGUC